UACCGUAUGGAACGUUUUAGAAGGUUUGCUAUGAUUUAACAAGAUGGCGUUGCCAUCAAUAUGAAGUGCUUAUCCAAAUUUUUAAAGGUAUCGAUACUUGCCAAAAAGUACUCAUUAAGUAAAAGUAUCGAAUACAAAGUAUCGAGUACAAAAGUAUCGGUAUCGAAAGGAAAAGUACUCGAUACCACAAAGUAUCGAUACUUUUUUCGUGUCCCUAUGCCUGGGGCCUGGGUCACCUUCAAAGUCUAUGUAGGUAACAAAAAGUUUCAUUUCAUACCUAUUGUACAUUUAAUUUGUUUUGUUGAACUUGGAAUUUUAAUUACAUCACUUUCGACUUUGAAGUGCUUCAGUAUGAGUGGUGAACCUCAAGCGAAACGUACCAAAAUGAGUGCUCUGGAACAAUUAAAGCAGUACUCCACUGUAGUGGCAGAUACCGGAGAUUUUGAAGCUAUGAAAGCAUACAAGCCUACAGAUGCCACUACCAAUCCUAGCUUGAUCUUGUCUGCCGCUGGAAUGGAACAAUAUCAGCAUUUACUUGAUAAAGCAAUAAAAUAUGGGAAAGAAACAGGCAGCACAUUGGAGGAGCAAAUAUCAGAAACUUUAGAUAUGCUCAGUCUUCUAUUUGGAAGUGAGAUCCUGAAAAUUAUUCCUGGAAGAGUAUCAGUUGAAGUCGAUGCAAGAAUAUCAUUUGACAAAGAUGCUAGUAUAGCCAAGGCUAUGAAGUUGAUCAAUAUGUUUGCUGAUCACGGAAUAAAGAAAGAACGGAUUUUGAUUAAGCUAGCCUCCACAUGGGAAGGCAUUCAAGCUGCAAAGGAAUUAGAGAAGAAACAUGGAAUCCACUGCAACUUGACCCUGUUAUUUUCAUUGUAUCAAGCUAUAGCAUGUGCUGAAGCCAAUGUUACUUUGAUUUCCCCAUUUGUUGGGCGUAUCUUAGACUGGUAUGUUGAACACACUAAGAAGACCUAUGAAGGCGAAGAGGAUCCCGGUGUGCAGUCUGUAACUCGCAUCUACAACUACUAUAAGAAGUUUGGAUAUAAGACGCAGGUUAUGGGCGCGUCGUUCAGGAAUACUGGCGAGAUUCGAGAGCUAGCUGGCAGCGACCUGCUCACUAUAAGCCCUAAGCUUCUACAGGAGCUCGCUAACAAUGACGAACCGUUGAAAAGGGCUCUUGAUUCCAAAGUUGCUGCUGAAUCUGACAUCGAAAAAAUAUCGUUGACUGAGGCGCAGUUCCGUUGGCACCUUAACGAAGAUCAAAUGGCUACAGAUAAACUUUCCGACGGCAUAAGGAAGUUUGCUGCGGACACCAGAAAAUUAGAAUCUCUCAUCAAAACUCUACUUGCUAAAAAUUAAAGUUAAAAACUUGAAGUUUUUCUAUGAGGCACACCAUAGAUUUAAGCGAAAAUGGUUGAAAUGUUUCUACUCAAUUUUUAUACUAAAUGAUUUAUACUAACAUGUUAUGUAUUUUUAAGCCAUUAAAAGUACAAAAAAGACAUUCAAUGUAAAUAUCAUAUAAAAUCAUGUGGGACCAGUUGAAAGUAACAUUCCAAAUUAACUGAUAUUUAUACUAUUAAACAAAGUUUGGGAUAUGGAAUUUAAGAUCUAUUUAGUGUUAUAAAUAAAUCGGAUGAAUGAAAUAAAGUUUUUUUACUUCUUACCUACGUAUCCUUUAUUCCAUAAAGUAAUGCAUUCACGUGAUAAAACUAAUUUAGGUUAUCAAGCGCAAGUCAACAUAACUAGUGACAAGUUUGUGAUAGCCUAUUAACUAUAUUUUUUUUAACUAGCGGAUUCCCGCGACUUCAUCUCCUUGAUAUAAUUUUGGUUUCAUAUAUAAACUUUUGUCCUCUGCUUAAUCCCGAUUCAAAAUUGCAUAGGCGCAUAACUUCUUCCGUGCCACUGCACCAAAGAGAUUGUUCCGUAGCGUAA